UCCAUCGUCGUCGCAUGGGAGUCCCUCGGCACUCUAUCGGAUCCCGUUAACGGCAGUCGCCGUCGAGACACCCGCUAUAACGUCUCUCGCAUCUCCGACACACUCUCAUCAAACAACCCCGGUGGUGGUGGUGUGUCAUUAUUUCCUCUUGUUUUUUCGCACUUUCUUCUUCAUCGGCAUUACUUCGUCGAGCGUCAGCAAUUACCUUUAGAUCGACGCGCAAAAGGAAGUACUUCUCGCCGAAUGGUUUUAACCCUUUGUGCUCGUUCCGGAAGAACCAUCGAACAACCAUCGCAAAUGAGAUAAUUUUUCGAUUGGAUCGCGAGUUUCGAGGAUGAAAUAUUGGAACGUGUUUCUUCUCGUAUUCGAAGAAAGAUACGACCUAUUUUGAAGUUUCGUGCGACGAAGACGCAUUUUUAGCGGAUCGGUGCGUCAACGAUAGAUACUUUUCUUCCAUUCGAAGUUACUUCAUUGGAUAUAGCAAAGAAUCCGCGAGGUACGCGCAUGUUGGGUGCAGCGAAGAGAAGAAGAAAGUUUCCAUAAGUAGAAGGGGGGAAACAAGGAAGAGUGAAUCAGGAUGAUGGAAGUGCAGCAGCAACACUCGCCUGUUGGGGUGGGUCCGUUGGAUUUUUCGCGAAGAGGUGUAGCCGAGACGUCAGCUUUUCGGGUCGUUAAACCGAAACAACCGGCUUCGUCGUUGGUACAUCAGCAGGUUGCGUCGCCGGAAACGAAUAACAACGAAAACCUUCAAGAAAAUUCGCAAGUUCCGCUCGAAUCCGAAGGAGGAUGCAACGUUCGUUUAAUGUUCCCGAGACUAUGGGCACCAUUUGGAAAUACAACCGAGGUUACGAAUCUUCCUCCCCUACCGAAAAGUCACUCAGAACGACUGUCCUUCGGUGUUGGUCGCUUGGUAGGGUCGCCCGCAACGACGAGCCCCUCGCCGUCGCAUUCGCCGUGUCCGGAGUCCCCGGCACUCGAGGAUCGUCGAGACUAUACCGAGAUAGACGUGGACGUGGAGGAGGAAGAAGAAGUCGACGUGGACGUGGAGGAGGUCGGCGAGGAGGAGGACCGGGACGCGGUAUCGAGUCCGCAUCGUUCUUCGUCGACGCCAUCGCCUACCGGGACGAUAACCUCGGCGACGUCUCCCCCCUCCUCGCAUCCGCCGAAGAGAUCGGCCGACACGUUCAGUGUGUCGGCGCUUCUAAGGCCCGACCCGCCCUCGGCUCACCUGCAAAAUGCUUCUCCUCACCGCGAAGCAGCCAUCGGUGGCGGUGGAGCUCAUCCGGCAACACCGGGUUCCUCCAUUAUCUACCCACCUCUUCAUCUUCAGGGUGGCCUUUUGCCGCCGCCUCAUCCUCACCAUCCUCUUUCCUACCUCCAUCCUCAAUUGUUGCCCCAUCAUCUUUUGCCUCCCCACUUGCACCCACUCCUACGCGGCGUUCACCCUGGACACCCGGCUUUGCACUCGACACACACGGCACACGGGCUGCAUCAUCCCCAUCCGCUCGCAGACGUCUACAGCUGCGUCAAGUGCGACAAGAUGUUUAGCACGCCUCACGGCCUCGAGGUGCACGCAAGGAGAUCUCACAACGGGAAGAGACCGUUCGCUUGCGAGCUUUGCAACAAAACCUUUGGCCACGAGAUUAGUCUGACGCAACACAGGGCAGUACAUUCCGCGGAAAAGGUCUUCGAAUGUAAGCAGUGCGGAAAAGCGUUCAAACGAUCGAGCACCCUGAGCACGCACUUGCUGAUACACUCCGAUACCAGGCCGUAUCCGUGUCAAUUUUGCGGAAAACGUUUCCAUCAGAAGAGCGACAUGAAGAAACAUACUUACAUACACACAGGUGAAAAGCCGCACAAGUGUCAGGUAUGCGGCAAAGCGUUCUCCCAGAGUAGCAAUCUGAUAACGCACUCGAGGAAGCACACGGGAUUCAAGCCGUUCGCCUGCGAGCUCUGCGGACGAGCUUUCCAGAGGAAGGUCGAUCUGAGGAGGCAUCGCGAGACCCAGCACGCCGAUCUCGGGACGUCGUCGCAUCGGCCGGUCGGCGGUGGCGGCAUCAACGCAAUUCCAUCGCAGAAUUCUUUGCCGAGUGGAAACGCUUCGAUAAUGCAAUGAAAACGAUCCGCAGGAACCCUUUCGACCGAACUAAAGUCACGCAUCGUCCUCGUCGACGGGAAGAGUGCAAUCCAAGGACGAAGAUCCGAGGGAGCAGGAUACGGGAACAAAGAGAUGUAGGCUGUUCGGAUCGUCGUCGAGGUCGAAAUCGAAUCGUAUUUUGUUUUCUUUUUCGACUACCUACAAGAGGUACACUUCUCUAAUCGCUUUUUCUUAGAUAUUCGCGCGAUAUCGAAACGGAUCCGAUAUCGGCGACGUUCCUUCGAAAUGCCAAUGUCGUUGGAUGAUUAAAAUUAUAAAUAAUACGAGAAAAGAAAGAGAGAAAAAUGUAAAAUAACGUUGUUCUACUAAAUUAUUAUAUCUAUUGUUUUUUUGAAUAUCAACCUUAUGCGAGGUGAUAGUUAAUUAUCAUAGAUACGUAGAAGCAUUUGAAUGUUCUCGUUCUUUGCUCGUUGGUCGAUUGUCAUCGAAGAAUUGAAGUUUGUUAGCGAAUAAGAGAGGAACGCACAUCGACGUACACACUUUGCAUAUCUCUUUCGCGAGGAGGAAACGACUAUUACUCGUCGGGACUCGAUAUCUCUGGACGAAGUCCUCUGGAUCGCAACUGUGACCAAACUUGUAAAUAGCACCGUAGACCGUAUCUCUUUUUGUUAGUCUAAUUGUAAGCGUUUACUCGUGCGGGCGCACGCACGCCCUACUGCAUACAUAUAAAUGUGGAUAUAAAAUGACUCGAACCUAUAAAUAUAAAUAGAGAAACGCGUCGCACCGAUCCGUGCGGUGCCGGUAUUUCUUCGCACUAAAUUCCCCCUCAAAUGCCCCCUCAAAUUCCCCCUCAAAUUCCCCCUCAAAUUCCUCUCCUCGAUGAGACCAACUCUCGAUAUUGUAUUAUGUAUAUUCGAUUCUUUCUCCUUCCUCUUUCCCUUACCAAAAUUUUUA